CUGCUCAGUCUUUACUGUAAACUCAGAGAGGAAACAUGCCCGAACCCGCCAAGUCUGCGCCCAAGAAGGGCUCCAAGAAAGCGGUCACCAAAACCGCCGGCAAAGGAGGCAAGAAGAAGAGAAGGACCAGGAAGGAGAGCUACGCCAUCUACGUGUACAAGGUGCUGAAGCAGGUCCAUCCCGACACCGGCAUCUCCUCCAAGGCCAUGAGCAUCAUGAACUCGUUCGUCAACGACAUCUUUGAGCGCAUCGCCUCCGAGGCUUCCCGUCUGGCUCACUACAACAAGCGCUCCACCAUCAGCUCCAGGGAGAUCCAGACUGCCGUGCGCCUCCUGCUGCCCGGUGAGCUGGCCAAGCACGCCGUGUCUGAGGGAACCAAGGCGGUCACCAAGUACACCAGCUCCAAGUAAACCAGCUGCCAAUACUGCUGCUGCUGCUCGGACACAACAACACAACGGCUCUUUUAAGAGCCACACACACAACACUGAA